AAUGAUUUUUUUUCUUAAUUUUUUUCAAACUUCUUGUAUUGUAGCGUGAUUUACAAACUGGGUGUCUUGCUGGGGUUCCAGAGAUUUGGAUGGCGACUAAGUACAGAGACGAGGAAGGUUGGGUGAGCAAGGCAGCAAAGGAUAACUAUGAAAAGAUGAUGGAGAUACGUGACACUCUGCAGUCACAAUCAUCUACGAGCGCCUCUGCUUCGAGUACUAUCCUGAGAGAAGAGGAUGACAUUAUUCUUGUUGAGACGAUCUUUGGACGUCGUCGAGGCUAUCAGCCGGGCCUUGGUCGUAGGAUUCGCACGAGGGCGAAUUGUGAAGCGGCUGAUGUACCUCAACCAGCCCAACCACCUCCUACCGCACAAGACAUGCAAGAGGUGAGGGAGCGACUCCGAGCCAUAGAGGAGCACUUGGAUAGGAUUGGUGGAGUCUCAGGAUCUGGAUCUUCUCAGCAAGGUCAUGGUGCCGAUCCUACAACACCUAGUUAAAAAUAUUUAUAUUUAUGUAUUUUAAUUUUACUA